CGUGGCUUCACUUCCGCUUUGGCGCGAGACACCCGAGCGAGGUACCCCCUUCUUGGGUUGAGAUCGCGCGUGCGAAGUAGGUAGAGCAGAUCUCGAGAUCUCUGCUUUGUUCUCUUCACGAUUUGUGACUCGCUCUACUACAACGACGGUCGAGGACAAAGGAAACGGAGACUAAGAUUUUGAAGCUGUAAGGUGUCUACAUGGCCGUCAGAAGAGGACACAUAAGGUAUUUAAAAGUUUGUGAGGUUCAGAACCAGGGUAAUGACAGAGACUCACACAAGAGUGGCAGCUCAGUAAAGCAGGAAGUAUACGACAUGCCGAAUGGUUACGAGGACCAAAUGGGCGAUGAGCCAAGUGAUGCGAAAACCAACCUGAUCAUCAACUACCUGCCCCAGAACAUGAGUCAGGAGGAGCUUCGGAGUCUCUUCAGCAGCAUUGGCGAGGUGGAGUCGGCCAAACUCAUAAGAGACAAGAUGGCAGGCCACAGUUUAGGGUACGGAUUUGUUAACUAUGUUAACCCUAAUGAUGCAGAAAGGGCAAUCAAUACACUCAAUGGCCUGAGACUACAGUCUAAAACUAUCAAGGUGUCAUAUGCCAGGCCGAGCUCUGACAGCAUCAAAGAUGCCAACCUGUACAUCAGUGGUUUACCCAAGACCAUGGCACAGAAGGAUGUAGAGGACAUGUUUACCCAGUACGGGCAUAUCAUAAACUCCCGCAUACUGGUCGAUCAGGCCUCGGGUCUGUCUCGUGGAGUUGCAUUCAUCCGUUUCGAUAAGAGGUCUGAAGCGGAGGAAGCCAUCAAGGAUCUUAAUGGAUCCAAACCAGCUGGUGCCUCUGAACCAAUCACAGUGAAGUUUGCUGCCAGUCCAAACCAGACCAAGAAUUCCCAGCUGAUCUCUCAGCUGUACCCCACUCAAUCCCGUCGGUUUGGAGGACCUGUUCAUCACCAGGCGCAGCGCUUCAGGUUUUCACCCAUGAGUGUUGACCACAUGAGCGGCGCCUCCGGGGUGAACGUGUCCGGCAGCUCUUCCUCUGGAUGGUGUAUCUUCAUCUACAACUUGGGUCAGGAUGCCGACGAAGGCUUCCUGUGGCAGAUGUUUGGUCCGUUCGGUGCUGUCACCAAUGUCAAGGUCAUCCGUGACUUUAACACCAACAAAUGCAAAGGGUUUGGGUUUGUUACCAUGACCAAUUACGAAGAGGCCGCAAUGGCCAUCGCCAGCCUGAAUGGAUACCGCAUGGGAGACAGAGUCCUGCAAGUGUCGUUCAAAACCAGCAAGUCUCACAAGUAAAGGGACUUUUUUUUUUUUUUGUCAUAAAAGAAUCUGAAAGUUAAUUGCUGUUUGUUCUAAAGAUUUCAGUUAUUGUUGACUGUCUACAUAAACAUAAUUCAUACAUCUGUGUUGGGGGUGAAACAAGUUUGUGCUCUGGGGUUGAGCAAAAACUAGAAUGUUGCAUUAGUGGUUUUGUCCCUGAUGCCUGGCAUUUGUAAAACCCUGGACAAUGAAAAAAUUUCAGAUAUAAAUCGGAAGAUCAC